AUGCCGAUUUCAGAUGAGGAAGGGAGGAACACCGUCAGUCCUCCCGAUCAUGCGUUUUCCAAUCAAGAAACUAUAGAAGAGAUCGUUGUGGAAGUCGAAGAUUCUGGUGACGACAAUGACCUGACAGCUUCCUUCCUUCCACCAACGGGCAACGAUGAUGAUGCCGGCGUCUUUGCCAGUACUUCGAAUUUGGCAGCUGCAGCUUCCAAUCCGCACUCUUCCCUGCGAUUGCUUGCCCGCAAGAUUGGAAAUGUACUGUUGACCAUAACUCUAAUGACCAUGAUCAUUGUCAUUCCGCUUGUUACCUACAGGCAGAUUUCGUCUAAAAAGGUCGACUUUGCGGCCUUUGAAUCAGCUGCUGUGAUGGUUAUUGGAACAGUCGUUUUAUCAGCGCGAUUGGUAUAUCUACAUUUUACGCAUUGGUACAUGCCCAAGGUUCAGAAAUAUGUUGUACGCAUUAUAUGGAUGGUUCCCUUGUAUUCCAUUCAGUCUUGGCUCAGUUUGCGAUUCCGAGACUCUCGAAUCUACAUUGAUGCAGCCCGUGACUUGUAUGAGGCCUACGUCAUUUCUAGCUUUGUAUACUACUUGAUUGAAUUGUUAGGAGGACAAGCCGAGCUGGUUCGAAGGUUGCGACUAAUUGCCAGAGAAGAUCCUCAACGAGCACGGCAUCUCGGAGAUCAUGGCUACUUUCUCAAUCAAGUAUUAAAGCCAUGGAAUCUUGGAGUCGAGUUCAUGUUACAGUGCAAACAUGGCGUCCUGCAAUAUGUUGUUGUCAAAACAGUGGCAACCGUUCUGACCUUUUUCUUUCAAUGGUUGGAUGUCUACGGGGAGGGUGAAUUCAAAUGGAAUGCCGCGUAUCCAUACCUUGCCUUCUUUUUGAAUAUCUCUGUCAUGUACGCUUUGUAUUGCCUUGUCAAGCUAUUCCACGCUAUUAGUGAAGAUUUGCGACACCCCAUUGAUUGGCAUCCGCUGGGCAAGUUUCUGUGCGUCAAAGGAGUUGUCUUUUUCACUUGGUGGCAAGGAGUCAUCAUUUACUACUUGUACGCCCAUGGCAUCAUUGGGGAUGCCGGAUCUUGGACUGGCGAGGAAGUUGCGAACGGUCUAAUCGAUUACUGUGUAUGCAUUGAAAUGGUUGCCUUUGCCAUUGCUCACUCGUAUACCUUUACCUACACGGAGUACCUCCCAUCUACCAUCCAAGAAGCAAUGGAGGAAUAUGAAGGGCUGCAACAACAGGAAGAAGGGGAUUCGGAGAAUGACAACGAUCGAUCCAGUUCAUAUCGCCCACCCGACACUUUGCCGACGCCAAUGAACUUUCGGGAUGCCUUUAUGAGCAGUACUCUUCCGUCCGAAACACUUCGAGACAUUCGACGACUACAAUAUGGAAUAGACCAAGCAGUGGGCGAAGCUAUGGAUCCAGGGACAAUUAGCCUGCAAGACAUUAUGGCCAAUGAAGCACUGCAGCAAGAAUCAUAG